AUGAGUUCCGCAUGGGUGCUUGACACAAAAGAGGCCAAUAUUGCUACCCCAAACCACUGCUCACCUGAUGUGCCGCUGUCGGAAGAACAUCAGGAGGCGUGCGGUGUUUACACACGUCGCCUGAAGCCUGAGACAUUGCACGAACGACACCCGAAAGAUGACGAGGGCCGCACAGUGUUACAGCAUCUUGCUUGGAACCUGGGUUACAAGAAGUACGAGGAGGUAACUCUCACUUCAGAAUCAGCGGAUGAACUAAAGGAGCACCUCAACUUGGAUGAGCAGAUGCGCCUCGUGGAAAGCGGUCUUGUCUACGUGGAUGUACGUGAUGUGGAGGACCGAUGGAUUCGCAUUGAGGCUCAGCCGGGUGAUAUGGUGGUGAUUCCCCGUGGCCUCUAUCAUCGCGUUGUCGCUGGCGGUAAUGGAACGGCGCGUGUGGUGCGACUCAUGCGGGAGUCUGAGACGUUCCGACCGGUGGUGCGUGGAACUGCGUUGGACGGGGAGGCUGCAGAGGCGGCGGCAUAUCACGCCCAUUAUAUUUCCCACCCGCCAACAGAGACGAUCCUCGGACCGGCGAACGAUGUUGACAACUUCCUUGUUGUCUCCCCACGCGACUUCGACGUCACGCUGGCGAAGGCGAAGGCGGGAUUGGCCCGAGGCGAUGUGCUCGUGCUGCUCUUUAAGGGCGCAUCCGAUCGUAUGACGCACAAGUCCUGGUGCCCGCCAUGCGUGCGCGCGGAGCCGAUGGUGUGUCGGGCUGUGCAGGCAGCACGAAAGGCGCACCGUGUGGUGUUCGUUCAGUGCAUUCUUGAGCGCUCCGUCUACCUUGGCAAUCCCGAAUAUCCCUACCGCACCCAUCCAUUACUCAACAUUGCCACAAUUCCAUUCCUGUUUGUGAUGCAGCAAGGGGAGACGGGAAUCGUUGAGAUUUGCCGUGAGCGUGACCCCGGUGAGACCUACGAAACAUGGGUGAACAGACUCAGUGUGUGA